GAGACUUCCUGAGAAAAAGAAACUGAAAGAAUACAUCAGCUCAGGGCACUGAUCGUCGACUGAAUGUUACUUUCACUAUGUCUUCAGAUGAGGAUUUCUCUCUGGUGACGGAAAUCCCGCAGCCGUCUGAGGACACCGUGCAGGAAAUCCAGGCUUUAAUCGCCAACUACAAGAAAAAAUAUGACCAGCUGGUUGAGGAGCAGAACGAUUUGACCAACACCAGAAACGACGUGCAGGACCUGACCAAGAAGUUCAGGGAGCGCUCCAACAAAGUGAGAGAGGAUCUGAAAAAUGACCAGCACUCCUACACAGAGCAGAUAAACAAUGAAAUGGCACAUCUGAAUUUGCUAAAACAGGAAGAGAUCGAACUCAUGCAGGAGAUCGAGAAGGUGAUGGCCACCCUGGUGCAGGAAGAGGCCCAAAACAACCACCUGAAACAGCAGACUGAUGUGUUCACUGCUGUGCCAGAGAAGAAGGUCGUCUUCACUGGGGAGACGGUAAAGGCAGCCAACUCACAAGCAUUUGAAAUGCACUCACGUAUAGUUUAUCCGAUGGAGGGGGGGAUGGCACUGGUCACGUUUGAGGAGGAAGUCGUGGCCAAGAAGAUCCUGGGCAUGAAGAAUCAUCGGGUGGAUCUGGGAGAGGAGGUCAGCAUCACCGUGGAGGCCAGGCCAGUCCAACUGAUGCAGCCCAGGCUGGUGGAGAUCGACUCUGAGGUUUGUCCUCAGUGCAUAUUAAUCUCCAACCUCCCCAAAAUGGACACGGAUACCAUGCUGAACAAGCUGGAGAUCCAUUUCUCAAAGGGCAAACACGGAGGCGGGGAGGUGGAAAUCUGCGAGAUGCUGCCUGACUCUGGGACGGUGGUCCUCAAGUUUGUGGAGAAAAACAUUGCCAAAGGUUUGACAGAUGCAGAGUUUCAUGACGUGAAACUACAGCAGAAGAUGCACAGAGUGAGAGUGACUCCUUUUCUGAAUGGAACAAUUACAAACUUAAAGACCAAGAUGUCAGUGUGUCCUCGGACGGUGCUUCUGGCAGGAAUCCCUCCCGUCAUGAACCAGGAGACCCUGCAGGACCUGCUGGAAAUCCACUUCCAGAAAAGCUGCAACGGUGGAGGAGAAAUCGAAGCGUUCCUCUACAACCCGCUGGGCCAGCACACAUCAGCGGUGUUCGAGAGCGUCUCCCCAAACAAAGAGAAGUAAGCUGCUGGUUUAUCUCUGCUGCUCCAGAAAACAUGUCAGGUUCAGGGUGAUGCCAUUAUCCAGAUGUGCAGACAGGACACACAGCUGCCCAAACAAUGUGUCUCAGUCUUUCGUUAAGUUUUUGUACCUCUUGGGAUGGAAGUCGACGUAUUACACAGCAAAGUUAUGAUCUUCUUCUUGUAUUCAUAGAUAUAUGUAUUCAUAGUUAUUUAAAAAUAUGUAUUAAUAGCAUUCUUAGAUAUUUACAAUUACGCAUAAAUCAAUGAGUAAUCUUUACCUGUAGCUUUGUGACUGAUAAAUCUGCAUCCAGUUUUAUGGCAUAAGAAUGUAAACAGCCUGCUGUAACAUGAUAUGUUCCCUUUGGCUCAGUGAAUUAAAGUGUAAUUCUCAA